UGGCAGCAGCACUUCCUGUGUCACAGCGGAGAGGAAUCGGGCUCCUGGGGAGAUGAGAGGAGGCUGACUUCAUGAUAGAACCAGCCGUCCAGUCAGCACCUCUCGCCGCAGCGGACACCGGCCACAUCCCGCCGGCGCCAGCGUGAGAAGGAGGAGGCGGCUGCAGGUCGGUGCAGCCAUGCCCGUCUCCCUGCUGUGGGCCGUGGAUGUGUACGGGCGGGUCUACAGCCUGUCCACGGCGGGCCAGCAGUGGGAGCAUUGCCACGACGCCCAGCUGGAGUUUAAGCGGGUGACGGCAGCUGAGCAGUGCUGCUGGGGCAUCGCCUGCGACAACAACAUCUACCUGAACGUCCACGCCUCCGACCUGCCCGUCCGCUAUCAGGAGGAGACCUACGAGAAUCAACGAUGGAAUCCAGUCGAUAGUUUCUCGGAGCGUUUGCUGCCAAGCGAUCGCUGGCAGUGGAGCGACGUCACGGGUCUGCAACACCAACCUCUGGACAGUUUCCGGCUUCCCUCGAACAGCUGGGAGUGGGAGGGCGACUGGUACAUGGAUGAAAACUUUGAGGGAGAGCCCACAGACAAGGAAGGAUGGACUUACGCCAUCGACUUCCCUGCCAACUACACCAAAGAUAAGAAGUGGAACUCCUGUGUCCGCCGCAGGCGAUGGCUCCGCUACAGGAGAUACAAAGCCAUGGACACAUGGGCUAAGAUCCCCUCGCAGCAGACGACUCUGCCAGAUCCCUUCAGCGACAUCAGCUGUGGAGGCUGGGAGAUCAGUGAAGAGCCCAGAGGCCGCCUCUCACUGUGGGCCGUGUCCCUCCAGGGCAAGGUGUGGUUCAGAGAGGGAAUCGAUCACCACAGUCCAGAGGGCUCUCUUUGGGAGGAGGUGCCUCUCCCCGGGGAAGUUGUCCAACUCAGCUGUGGCCCAGGAGACGUGGUCUGGGCAGUGCUGUGGGAGGGGCAGCUCAUCGUCAGGGAAGGCAUUGGCCGAGAUUCCCCCAAAGGCACCUCUUGGGCGGUGGUGGAGUCUCCCAGUCUUGAUGUGGGAGCCAUACAUGUGGCCGUCGGGAUCAGUGUUGUUUGGGUUGUGACCAAAGACAAUAAAGUGUGGUUCAGACGUGGCGUGAACUCACACAACCCCUGCGGCUCGGGCUGGAUCAGCAUGGUUGGAGAAAUGAUCAUGCUUAACAUAGGACUCAAUGACCAGGUGUGGGGCAUCGGCUGUGAGGACCGGGCGGUUUAUUUCAGACAGGGUGUGACCUCCAGUGAACUGAGUGGGAAAACGUGGAAGGUUAUCAAUGUUCCCCGAGAUGGGGAUCGAUCCCACUCCAGUGCCAGUGCAAACAGCCUGCAGAGUGCUGGAUGCUACUUCUGUGGUGAGGUGGGAGGUCAGUCAGUGGUGAGUGAUGUGGAAUCAGACCCAGAGAAAGCAUCUACAGAUGGAGCCACAGGCCUCGUCAUGUCUGACUCCAAAUGUGAGGCCUUUGCUGCCCCGGCAGACCACACCUCUGACCAGCCCCCUGACACCCUCAAGCCCCGCAUCCCUAAAGUCACCAGCGACAGCUUCAUCUCUGAACUCGUCUCUGACCGAGAGCCCGCAAAGACUUCAAGAGAACUCGGAUCUGCCGCUCCCGCUCUGCUGGAGGAGGAGACCCUCCCUGACGAAGGGGAGGUCAACGCUCCCUGUUCUGCAACUCUUUCCACAAGUCAGUCCGGAGUUCCUCUCGACCCCCAGUGGAGCAACGUGGACCUGGAGGAGACGCAGGUCCAGCUGGCACAGACUGGAGUGGCGCUGGAAUCGGCCGAUACCUGCAGCUUGUCGUCUGUGGCCACAUACACACUCGCCAUGGACGACCCAUAUGGGGCAGAUGAGCCCCCCCUGUGGGCGUGGGUCAGCGGAGGAGGCUGCUCUGUUGACAGUCACUCCCAACUCAACUGGUUUAACUGCUCCAUUAACACUUCAGCUUUGGUCCAAUCAGUCCAGUCCAUGAGUCUGUCUGUAACCCCAGCCCAGACGGCAGCCUGGCGGAGACAAAUCUUCGAUCAGUUCAGUGAGAGAACCAAAAGAGAGAUGGACAGUUUCAGACAUUAUGAACAAGCCAUAGAACAGUCGGUGUGGGUGAAGAAGGGAACCAUGCAGUGGUGGAGAGACUGGAAGCCCCACAAGUGGAUAGAUGUUCAAUUUGCCUUAGAGCAGUUCUCAGGACCAGAGGGCAACAAGGAUGGCAUCUUUUUCAUCUAUUACAACUUCUAUGAGGAGAAGAAGUACCUGCAUGCCUUCAUCAAUGAGAUCACCAUCCUGGUUCCUGUGCUGAAUGACUCCAAACACACUUUCGCCAUCUACACUCCCGAGCGGACCAAACAGAGGUGGCCAAUCCGAUUGGCAGCUGCCACGGAGCUGGAAAUGCGUGACUGGCUGGCACUGUUGAGUGUGUCAUGCUGCGACUCCAGGGGGCUCCAGGGUCCCCCCUCCAAACAGGCCAUCUGGUCCAUCACCUGUAAAGGAGACAUCUUUGUCAGUGAACCCUCUCCUGCUCUGGAGGCCAUGCCUUACCCCACGCCCUGCGACCAGAUGUUCUGGCGGCAGGUCGGAGGUCACCUGCGCGUGGUGGAGUGCAACAGCGUCGGGAUAGUGUGGGGGAUUGGCUACGACCACACCGCCUGGGUCUACACCGGGGGCUAUGGGGGAGGCUUCUUCCAGGGUCUGGCCAGCAGCACAGAUAACAUUCACACACAGACGGAUAUCAAGAGCGUCUACAUCUACGAGAACCAAAGGUGGAACCCAGUUUCAGGCUACACCAACAGAGGUUUACCCACAGACCGCUACAUGUGGAGUGAUGCAUCAGGGCUACACGAGUGCACAAAAACAAAUACCAAGCCUCCCUCCCCUCAGUGGACAUGGGUAUCUGACUGGGUCAUCGACUACAGUGUGUCUGGAGGGACGGACAGAGAAGGCUGGCAAUUUGCCGCUGAUUUUCCUGCGUCAUACCAUGGCUAUAAAACGAUGAAGGACUUUGUCCGUCGCAGGCGAUGGGGCAGGAAGUGUAAAUUGACCACCACAGGACCCUGGCAAGAAAUCCCGCCCAUCCCACUGAGUGACGUAACCAUCCUGCCGCAUGCUGCUCAGAGCAGCGUGGACGUUGUCCCUCUGUGGGCCAUCAGCAACAAGGGAGACGUGCUCUGCCGACUGGGAGUCACCGCACUGACACCUGCUGGCUCCUCGUGGCUCCACGUGGGAACUGACCAGCCGUUCAAGUCUAUUACCAUCGGCGCCACCAGCCAAGUCUGGGGCAUCGCGAAGGACGGUUCUGCUUUUUAUCGUGGCUCGGUCUCUCCACAGAGCCCUGCAGGAGACUGUUGGUACCACAUCCCCUCUCCGGCCAAACAGAAGCUGAAGCACGUGUCUGUUGGGAGGACAUCAGUCUACACUGUUGAUGAAAACGGUAACCUGUGGUACCGGCAGGAUGUGACUCCCAGCUACCCUCAGGGCUCAUCCUGGGAACACAUCUCCAAUAAUGUACGCAAAGUGUCCGUAGGGCCUCUGGACCAGGUGUGGAUCAUAGCAGACAAGGUGCAGGGCAGCCACAGUCUGAGCUGUGGGACAGUGUGCCAUCGACUCGGGGUACAACCCAUGGAGCCCAAGGGACAGUCGUGGGACUACGGCAUCGGGGGCGGAUGGGAUCACGUCACAGUGAGAGGAAACUCCCUGGAGCCGCCGCGCAUCCACCUUCCCUCUCUAACGGGCCCGUCCAGCCCAGCUCCUUGGAGCCUCCUCCCGGUCAGGAGCGGGGAGGCCAACGGAAAUGCUGCCGGAUGCUAGGUGCACACACGAACACAGAGGUGCACACGUACUGUAUGUAGACAUCCUAAAUCAUAUUACCUUUGUAGUGACCUUUUGUUUAAAACCACUGAAACGUUUAACGCUGAAGUAGCAGCAAGGACCAGUGUAGCAGUAGGUUAUGACUUUUGGACAUUUCAUAACUUCGUCCUUCCAUCCUUUGACCUGGAUGUUGUUCAUUGUACUCAGCGUUCAUGUCCUCGCUACAUUUCUGUGUAAAUCUUUGCCACCGCUGCUCGUCUUCUCUUCCUGACACUGAACUUGGCGGUCUUAAUGCAUUUUUGUUUCUUAUUUAAUCAUCAGGGUUCGAUGUUUGUUUGGUCUCUGGCAGGGUGAUGGUUUUGAUUUUUUUCAGAAAGAUAUUUUAUGAGUUCAUUGGAAAUGUUAGUGUAAAUAAAUUACAGCUGCUACUGAACUGUCAGAACCAGGGCUGGUGAUGUGUACCAAGUCAAAAUGCUGUGUCAUGUCAGCCUGCAGGCGCUGGGUUGAUAACACAAUAUAAAACAAGAGUAAAGCCUGAAAACUGGAUGAAACAGGCAGGACAAUGUUUGACCCAGGCUGCUUCUGUUGUCUGCUAAUCAGAAACGCUGCUGAAUAAUUAUAUAUACCACAGAAAGAUGUACCUUCUGUGUGUCACCCACAGGCUCCAUCCUUAAUUCAAGGUUAUCGAGCGCCACAAUCCUGCUCGUAUGGCCAGAAAAUCCAAAGUUGUGUAAUGUAGGAAGUUUGUGUGUGAAGCUUGAGUUUGGAUCAGCAACAGGAAAAGAAUCCCAUAGUUCAGUGUGGCAGCCUGAGACACCUGUAAAAGCAGUGAGCACCAUACUGUAAGAAUGAGUCAAAUUAACUACAACUCAAACUUCUUGUGGAAAAAAAAACUAACUUUGUAUUUCUACUUAGAGGUUUACCCAUUGACUGAAGUAUUUUUUUGUUUUUCGGUGCCUGCAUGUAGCAGCUUUAACAAGAUCUGCAGCGGCUCCAUUUACCCGUGGCGGAUGCUGCUUGGCUUGUAAAAACUUCUUUUUUAAAUAAAGAUUUAAAUGUUAUUUUCCUAAAACUAAAUCGAAAAACAAGAGUAUAUGAUUAUCAUGUUGCUGUCAUGGAGGGUGUAAUAAGGGAAAAAUGUGUAAUUACUCGUAAAAAGUCUUGUGGUCGACCUGCUAAAAACUGAACCUUCCUCUUUCUCAGGAGUUUCCAUUUCCAUGUCGUCUGCUUCUUUUCUAGUCAAGUGACUGAGAAAAAAAACUAUAUUUUUGUUAUUAACCUGUAAGAUAUUAGUAUUAUACGGUGAGUGUCGUGGUUGUUGCAAUGUUACUAUCUAAAGCUGUAAUCGUGUGUGUACAGUUGUCAAAGAGCAAUUAUUUUAAAUAGUUUUUCAAUCAUGAAAUAUACAUAAAACCACACACACUGAUAAAUUGUAUGUUUUCAGGUGUUGAUUUAUGUUUCUGGCUGCCUACAUUCACCCUACUAUAGUAAGUGACUGUCUUAAUAUAAUGUGGCAUUUGUAAAUGUGAAUAGUGUACAGAGAUCUGUCUGUAUUAUCUGACAACAUCAAACAGUGUUCCUGUAGCGUGCUGUUGACAUUAUGGAGUUGACAAGUGUUGUGCAUGGUCAAAACAGUUCUUGUCAAUAAAUAAAUGUGUUUAUUGAA